AUGGUCAAACAACAACAACCUGCCUAUAUCCUCGGCGUGGGCAUGACCAAGUUCAUCAAGCCCAGAGGCAAAGUCGACUACCAUGAAAUGGGGUUCGAGGCCGGCGUCAAGGCCAUGCUGGACGCCCACAUCACCUACGACGACGUCGAGCAAGGUGUAGCUUGCUACGUCUACGGAGACAGCACCUGCGGCCAGAGAGUGUUUUACCAGUUUGGAUUGACCAAGAUUCCUAUUUACAAUGUCAACAAUAACUGUGCUACCGGUUCUUCUGGUCUCGCUCUCGGUCGCACUAUUGUGUCUCACGGCGCCGCGGAUUGUGUCCUUGUUGUUGGAUUUGAGAAGAUGAACCCCGGUAGCUUGCAGUCAUACUUUAAUGAUCGAGAGAACCCGACUGGCCUGUUUGGAAUGAUGAUGGCUGAGACUCGUGGUGUUACCAAUGCGCCUGGUGCUGCUCAAUUGUUUGGUAACGCUGGCCGGGAAUAUAUGGAGAAAUACGGAGCCAAGGCAGAAGACUUUGCCGAAAUCGCUCGUAUCAACCACGAACACUCCAAGCGCAACCCAUACUCGCAAUUCCAGGACGAAUACACUCUUGAACAAGUCAUGAAAGCGCCCAUGAUCUUUGAGCCACUUACCAAACUCCAAUGCUGCCCGACCUCAGAUGGUGCUGCCGCCGCCGUCAUCGUCUCCCAGGCCUUCCUCGAUGCUCGUCCUCACUUGAAAUCCCAGGCUAUCUUGAUCGCUGGCCAGACCAUGGCUACUGAUGACUUGUCCCUAUACGAUCGCAGCUCCAUCGACUUGAUGGGUUUCCAGAUGACCCGCCACGCCGCCCGCACCGCUUUGGCAGAGGCCAAAGUGAACGUCAAGGAUGUCAAGGUAUGCGAAUUACACGACUGCUUCUCAGCCAAUGAGAUGAUUACCAUCGACGCACUUGAGCUCUCCGAGCCAGGAAAAGCGCAUGAAAUGGUACGCAAAGGCGAUAUUACCUAUGGCGGACACAUGGUCAUCAACCCUUCCGGCGGCCUUAUUUCCAAGGGUCACCCUCUCGGCGCUACGGGUCUCGCUCAAUGCGCCGAGCUUGUAUGGCACUUGCGUGGCUGGGCCAACAACCGUCUGGUCAAGGGUACUUCGGUCGCUUUGCAACACAACCUGGGUCUGGGCGGUGCUGUUGUUGUGACCGUCUACAAGCGCGCGGAUGGUAAAGAAGCCACCCCCGUUUCGGAUCAAGAAAUUGGCAAAGUUACGGGUCUUGGCUAUAACCCUGCCGUUUCGGCAAAGGGAUUUACUGCAGCGCAGGCCAAGUCGGUGUUGAGUAAGAAUUUUAGCGAGUAUGCUCAGGGUGAUGUACAGGAGAAGGUUCUCGCUCGUUUUUAG